UCGUGCUUCCGGGUUCUGUGACGUCACCCUGCUGUUGGGCAGCUAGUGAUGGCGGCUGCUGUGAGAAUCAUAAACAGAAGCACUUUGAGGUUAGGAAUGGGCCAACAGUAUUUGGCGUUCAGCUCGGCGGCCAAAGACCAGACGGCUAGCUUCAGAGCGGCUCAUGCUCUCCCAGACAAAGUCAAAAUAGUGGAAGUGGGACCCAGAGAUGGUCUUCAAAAUGAAAAGACCGUCGUUCCAACAGAGGCCAAAAUCAAUUUAAUCAACAUGUUGUCAGAGUCGGGAGUCCCAGUCAUUGAGGCUACCAGCUUUGUGUCCCCUAAAUGGGUUCCGCAGAUGGCAGAUCAGGUCGAGGUGAUGAAGGGUAUCAGUAAGAAACCAGGAGUGUCCUAUCCAGUCCUCACCCCCAACCUGAAAGGUUUUGAAGCUGCUCUGAAGGCGGGUGCUUCAGAGGUGGCCAUAUUUGGUGCUGCGUCUGAGCUGUUCAGCAAGAAGAACAUAAACUGCUCCGUGGAGGAGAGUUUACAGCGCUUUGAGGAGGUCAUGAAGGCAGCUAAAGGAGCUGCUGUGCCAGUUCGAGGUUACGUCUCGUGCGUAGUCGGGUGUCCAUAUGAAGGGCAGGUGGCGCCUGAAAAAGUUGCACAUGUGGCUAAGCGUCUGUACUCUAUGGGCUGUUACGAGAUCUCUUUGGGUGACACUAUUGGAGUGGGGACUCCUGGAAGUAUGACCAAAAUGUUGGAAGCUGUGUGCAAAGAGCUGCCAGUCAGUGCUUUGGCUGUGCAUUGCCAUGACACUUACGGCCAGGCUCUGGCUAACAUCCUCAUUGCCUUACAGAUGGGAAUCAGCGUGGUAGACUCCUCAGUAGCUGGACUGGGGGGCUGUCCUUAUGCGCAGGGAGCCUCUGGGAAUGUUGCAACGGAGGAUGUUGUUUAUAUGCUGCAUGGACUUGGGAUUCAAACAGGAGUGGACCUGUCAAAGCUGAUGGAUGCCGGAGCUUUUAUCUGUCGAACCCUCAACAGGAAGACCAGCUCCAAGGUGGCACAAGCCACCUGCAAACUGUAGAAAAAGAAACGUCGACGUUUUGCUCUAACUGAAGACUAUAUCAUCCUUUUGUUAAAUUGAACAAUACAUGGCUUGAUUUAACCUCA